AUGAGCGCGCUCGUUCGACGGGUGCCACACAUAGGGCCUGUGAGGGCCCUACACGGCACGACUCUGGGCCGAGUUGUGGUAGUCAAAUUACCCCUUCAGCAUCAGCGAGCGCGCAUCUGUGGUUCGGCUCGGUGGCUGCAGGGGAGCGGCUGUGGUGACCGGUCGGCGGGGGUUGGCCCCAUUGUCAUACACGACGACGGUGGUAACGCAGUGACGCGCGUGAAGAGAUUACCGCUAACUCUUAUAGAGGAGGUUCCCCUUCCGCGACGCGUCCUGACUGACCUCGAACUUGUAAUGAUGGCUUGGUGUGAGGAGCAUGCGCGGCAGUACGCCAUUAUCAUGACGGUGAUUCGCCUAGGUAUAUUCUUUCUGUUGCUUAUCAUUUUUUACGUAUUUUAUCGGACGCAACUUUCCAGCGAACGUAUGUUGCGUGGCGUGGACCAUAUGCCAGCUGACUUACGAAUAGGCAGCGUAGUCUACUUUGAUAUUACCGAGAAUGGGAUGGACAUUGGUCGAAUAGUGAUUGGGUUGCUUAACGAGAACUGUCCCCACUACUGUGAGUACUUUCAUCGCCGCUGCACGGGAAGUGGAGGGAACGGCGAAUCCUUUCGGGGUAUGCAACUGAGCGCCAUUGUCCCACGGCAUUGCCUCAUAUUUGGUGACGGCAGGGAGAUGACUCACGAUGUACCUGGCUUCAGCCCCCACUAUUUACCAACAGAAUACUUGGGUACGGGGUCGUGGCGUGGGGCGCUGUCGUCCAUCGCAUAUGGGACAAACAAGGAGAGUCCAAACUUUGCCAUCCACGUUUCCGCGGGAGACUACGCUCCUCAAAUAUUCGCUUUGGUCAUUGGAGGUUUCGACGUUAUCGAGCGCAUUAACUCCGCAGGCUCCAAACACGGUAAUUCGCCGAAAAAGGAGUUCAUCGUCGUGGAAUGCGGAGAACUGUGCACACUGGCUAAGUCCCAUAUCGUCCCUAUGCCGUGGAAGCUGUAUAAGAGCAUAUCCCACGGAUACGAUGAGGAGAAAUUUGGCAGGAAAAUUUCCUACAAUUUCCUGGAGAGCUCUGACAAAGGCGCUAGUGCUGAGGAGGCUAGGGAGGCGGGGUCUUUUAAUAGUGGUUCAAAUCCCCCAACGCCUUGGUGGAGGUUCUUGUAG